AUAGCCAAUUUUGCCAACCCAAAAGCCUCCCUCCCUCUCACACCACAACACACCAGCAUUCUGACAGACAGGAGAAGGAAUGAGACGCAAAGGCGGUUGAGAAGGGAAGCACCACCGGCUGGGGAAAGGAAUCCACAUACACCAACCAACACGAUGGAUGAUGGACCGCACUGCACCGGUGGCACGACCACGACGCGGCACACACAAAAAGUGACCAGGCAGAGUCAGUCCUACGCGGAGAAAGCAAUAUGAAAUCCCGAGCACACACAGAGAGAGAAACUGAGAAAGCAAGGCCGGCUAGUUCAUCAAUUCAGUGGCUGUUUCAGAGCAGCAGGAAAAAUACUCGCUUAGCAGUUGUCAAAGGGAGUCCACUGCAUGAACAGUCGAAUUUCUGUAGGAACCCUUUGAAACACUGCUGUGAGAUUAGUGAAGUGAAAACCAAAAGGUUAGAUAAGUGUUUCUGCAGAAAGUUUGGGCUUGUGCUUUACAGUUUUAUUACAGGUUCAGAAAAUCACGGCACGCGGCAGCCUCUACCAAAAUCAAAAGCUUCGCUUCCCCGGCAACAGCAAUCCAACCGAGCAGCGUCGAUUUACCAGAGCAAAGGGCCGCCCCUUCCCUGGAGAAAGAAAACCCCCACUCCCAAGUCCCAACUCCCUCCUCCCCUCCACUCCUCCCCCAUGGCGCUCGAGGCGCAGGCCUCCCCGUCCCCGUCGCCCUCGCCGCGCCGCUCCCCGCCGCGCGCGCCGGGGGAAGACGACGGGGCCGCGGAUCCUCCGGCGCUGACGCCGGCGCGGGAGACGGCGGGGGACGAGUGGCCGGACCCGGAGGAUCCCCCGGCCGCCGCCACGCCGCCGCGCUCCCCUCCGGCGGCGGAUCUCUCCACCGCCAUCGUCGUCGCCUCGCGGCACCACGCGGCGGCCGCCAGGUACGUGCCGCCGCGCGCCGAGUCCCGCACCGCCGACCCGGACCCCGGCCGCGCCGCGGGCUGGCACCCAUGGAGCGGCCGCCGCAGCGCGCCUCCUCCCCGUCGCCCUCGCCCCGAUCCGCCGCCGCCGCGGCGCCAGCGCCCCGCGGAAGUGCCGCCGCAGCCGCCGGUUCCUGCUCCUGCUCCCGUCCGCGCUGCGGCUCCACCCCAGCCCCCGGCCCCGGCCCCAGCCCCAGCCCCAACCCCAACCCCGGCCACCACCGCCACCGCCCCGCCUCAGUUUAGGUCGGCCGACCGGGUGGUGCCCAACAACCUGUCGCGCAAGCGGCCGGUCGCGGCGAUGCAGCGCACUGCGCUGGUGGCGAGGGGCGCGGCCGCGGGGCUGUGCCUGGCCGCGCUCGCGGUUCUCGCCGCUGACACCGGCAAGGGCUGGGCUCGCGACUCCUACAGCAACUACAGCCAGUUCCGGUACUCGGAGGCGGUGAACGUGAUCGGCUUCGUGUACUCGGUGUUCCAGUUUGCUGCGCUGGUCGGGCUCAUGAGGAAGAACAAGCAUUUGAUUCCCCAUCGCAAGCGUGAUCUCUUCGACUUCACCAUGGAUCAGGUGCUGGCAUACCUUUUGAUAUCGUCAUCAUCUUCAGCGACUGCCCGAGUAGGUGACCUGAUUGACAACUGGGGAAGCGACCCCUUCCCGAGCAUGGCGAACGGCUCCAUCGCUAUAUCUUUCAUGGCUUUCAUAGUUUUUGCCAUCUGCUCCCUCAUCUCCGCAUAUAAUCUGUUUCGCCGAGACGUGUAGCUGCUCUUGUCAACUUCUUGUUACCCCUCCAUUUCUUAGCAAAGUUUUCACCGCAGACUUCAUUGUAUUGUCAAUGUAUAUAUGAUGGCAUCUCUAAACUUCUAGCAAUAAUACAUGUACCUAUUGAAGGGCAGCUCA